AUGCUGCCGGGCAGGGCGCCGGGCCCGUUCCUGCUGCGGCAGGUCUAUGAGCAGCCGCACGUCAUGGUGAUCGAUCUGGGCGUGGCGAAGAUUUUCCAGCCUGGCAAUUUCAGGCACAACCGGCCCAUCGGCACUCCAGCGACCAUGGCCCCCGAGGUCUGGUCCGGCGACAUCACGCCCAAGGCCGACGUCUUCAGCUGCGGCGUUGUCUUGUUCGAGCUUCUCGCCUUGUCGCUCCCGUUCAACUGCACCGCCCAGCACGAAGAGGCUAUCAACUACUGGUUCUCCAUGCCGCUGGCGCCCUGGAGCCGCACGCGGCACGCGUCCAACGCGGCGGUGGAGCUGUGCCGGCGGAUGCUGCGGCUGGACCGGCACAUGCGCCCAACGGCCUCGCAGUGUCUGCGGGCGCCGUUCUUUGAGGCACGGGGGAUCUCCGAUGAUGCGGACGGAAGUGUUGCAGCACUUCUCAAGGGGCUUGUGCACGUCCCGGAGCGGAGCGUGCUGCACAACAGCGUGGCGUUGUCCAUUGCCCAGGCCUGGCCGUCGAACCAGCUCCCGACCAUCAAGGCUGCCUUUCGCGAGUUGGACGCCGGCGCCAGCGGCCAGCUGACCAAGGACCAGGUCGCUCUCGCGCUCGAGCGCCUCGGCGUCGACCGCGAGCCCGCGCGCGCCUCCGCGGACGCCCUGGACCUGAGCCGCUCCGGCGCGGUGGGCUGGACGGAGUUCGUGGCCGGCUGCAUCCGCCUCGGCAGCGACAGGUUCGAGGAGGAUUUGCUCAGGAUCUUCAAAGAGGCCGACAGCGACAACGACGGCCUGCUCACCCAGAAGGAUGUCGCCAGCUUGCUGGCGGCCGACCACCUGCACGGCGAUGCAGCCUGCGACGUCUUCGCGGACCUCGUCGGUCGAGUGGACCCGGGCGCGCGCGUCGACUGGCCGACGUUUAGGCGCCACUUCCGCUGUCCCCUGGACGAUGCGGAGGAUUCCCUGGCAGCGCCGGUGAUGGCUGCUCCCAUCAUGGUACCAGCGUGCCAUCAGGCCGGUGCCGAGAUCAUGGGGCAUGCCAUGGACCUUUGGGAGCGUGCCAUGGACCUCGGCCACGCGUUCUGGCCGCUGCAGGAGGACCCCGGGGAGCCAGAGGAGGAGAAAUUGCGGCGGCUGGCGGAGAUGGGCUUCACAGACCGCGACAGGCACCGCAACAAGCUGUGCAGCAGGGCGGUCGAGGAGCUCAUGCGCGGGGGCGCGGCCGGCGGCGCCAGCGACGCCGGCAGCGCGGGCGGCAGCGGCGCCCCCCGGGAGGCCGCGGGCCGCUCGCCGGCGCGCCGCCCGAGCACGGCGCCCCGCCGCCGCCCCCUGCGGCUCGCGUGA